AUGGGCAAUGUUACUACACUCUCGGCUGCGACAAAUCCAGAGGUGCGUGAGAUCGAUGACAUUUGGGCGAGGUGGGGAAAUCCAGGCAAGAUUGAUAGGAUUUUAAAGUGCAAUGGUGGAGAUCUUGAUGAGGAUUUCGCAUUGCUCCCUCGCACGGCUCUGUGGCACGGUACGCACAUCAAUAAUCUGAAGGCAAUAGUGGAAAAUGGUCUCGAGAUCCCGACAAAUUCGAACGCUUUUGACACGUACGGGUACGCUGUCUACUUGACCGAUUACAUUGGGAAGGCAUUGUCCUAUGCUACAGCAGGAGCAAAGGGGUUGCGCGUUGUUCUUCUCUGCGAGGUGGCCUUGGGGAGCAUUUUUGAGACACAAGCUGAAACAAUGCCUUCGCUGCGAGCGGCCCCUUCUGGCAAAGAUUCACUCGUGUUUGGCAAGAAGAGGGGGAUUACUUUCUUGCCAGUGGCACAUCUGCAAGUUCCAGUGGAGUUCACACGAGGCCAGGAGAGAAUUUUCGCCGUCUAUGACCCCCGGAGGGUGAAAGUGAGGUAUGCGAUUAUAUUUUCUUGAUCAUAAAAGAUGGAGAUGUCCGCGGAGAAGAAAUCCUUCGAGGAAUGGAGAACGAGCUCCUUCCUCGCCUCCUCGCCCCAGUGAGUGUGCGACAUCCUGGGAGAGAAGUUCGAAAUUUUCCUGGAUCCUCAACCUAGCUUCUUAAAAACAAUCUCGCUCGGGAUGAUGGACCAAGUCUCUGGGAAUCGCUGGCGAGGCUGCUUGCGAGAAUGAAAACUAUUGUAUCUGCCCAGAGAUUUACAACCUGGGCCUGGCAGCUAGGAGGGAAAUGACCAGCUUUGAGGUUGCUACGCUUGUGAGCAGUAGUAAUCCAACCUUACUGAAACGCUCCAUGUAUCUUUUUAUAUCCAAUGCAA